AUGAAAUUCCGUGGAGUCCUUCGGUCAAUCACCAAGGCUGGUCCAACCCCAGUAACGACCACCUCAACCACCUCAAAGGAUGCCUGUGUCUGCGUUCUAGGCGUCGGGUACGUGGGAGAAUCGUUGCUCUCUCAAUUCGGCAAUGUGGUUGACGCCAUUGGUUACGAUAUCUCCCAGGCACGCAUUGACACUCUGCGCCAAAAAUAUCGCAACAGUAGCCGUAUCAAAUUGACAACCAAUCCAGCCGAGAUUGCCAAGGGCACACAUUUCCUGAUAGCUGUACCUACACCGCUUCAGGACGAUGGCCACGGCAACAAGAGUGCCGACCUUCACUGCGUCAAAGAUGCCAUUAAUCUCAUCAUCACCCAUGCACAGCCAGGCAGCUGCAUCAUCAUUGAGAGUAGUGUUCCCGUUGGCACCACCAGAAAGCUGCUCACCAAACACAAAUCCACAUUCCAUUGUGGUAUGUCGCCUGAACGCAUAGACCCCGGUCGAAUCACACCAACCGCCGAGCAAAUCCCCAAGGUCGUCUCCGCGCUAACACCCAAAGCGAUGAAGCACAUCUUUUCGAUGUAUGCCAUGGUGUAUGAGACGCUAGUGCCAGUCUCGAAACCCGAAGUCGCAGAGAUGACUAAGCUGUACGAGAACUGCUAUCGCAUGGUCAACAUUGCCUAUGUCAACGAAAUCAGCGACGCAUGCAUCUCCCAUGGCAUAGAUCCUCACGAAAUGAUCGGCGCGGCCGCAACCAAGCCCUUCGGCUUCCAACCCUUCUACCCAGGUCUCGGUGUCGGAGGUCAUUGCAUUCCCAUAAACCCAUGGUACCUCUUCGAGAACAACAAACGCCUGAAAGUCCUCGAAACCGCCACACGACUUAUGCAAGAGAGACCCACCAGACAAGCCCGGCGCUUCCACACCGCAUGUCAAGGCCGUCUAUCCAAAACCGACACCGUCUCCGAGACCGUUGUUGGCCCACGCAUCCUCGUCGUCGGCCUCGGCUUCAAGAACGGCCAGACAAAUCUCGCCUGCUCCCCAGCCCUGUCCUUCGCACAGACAAUGAGCAGCCUCGGCACCUCCCGCCUCGCCUUCUACGAUCCCACAAUCUCCUCCGACCAGGUCCAGUGGAUGGAGAAACUCGACGAGCGGCACUGGACACAGGAAUACAUCGAGUCGGAAUUCGACGGUGUGGUCCUGUGUAAUAAGCUCAAAUUAAUAGACUCGACGUGGUUCGACAAAUUGCGGAAACCGUUGUUCAAGGACUAUGCGUGA